AUGAGCUCCAUUAUUAGUGACGAGUCCUUCCAACUUGUUCGCGCGACGGCUCCUGUCGUCGCCGAGCAUAUUGAGGAGAUUACGGGUACGUUUUAUCCCAAAAUGCUUGGUCGCCAUCCGGAGUUGUACCAAUUUUUCAACGAAUCCAACCAACGCGCGGUCCCCGGUCUCUGCCCCGCCGCUAGCGGGGUAGUAACCACCCGCCAGUCCAAGACUCUAGGAGAUGCCGUAGUGCAGUAUGCUCUCAACAUUGAUAAGUUGGAAAACUUGAACGAGGCGGUACUUCGAAUUGCCCACAAGCACUGCGCAUUGGGCGUGAAGGCCGAGCACUAUCAGAUUGUCCAUGACAACCUCAUGGAAGCGAUUGGCGAAGUUUUGGGUAGUGCGGUGACACCGGAAGUCGCAGCCGCGUGGAGUGAAGCUGUCAUGGCUUUAGGGAAGAUAUUUAUCGAGCAAGAGCAGAAAUUGUACAACGAAGCCGAAAAAGUACAGUGGUCGGGACCGAAAGAAUUCAUUAUCACGGAUAUUAUUGAUGAGACCCCCGUUGUGAAGUCAUUCCGUAUGAAGAGCAAGGAUGGGCAGAAGGUCUGCCCCUUCAAACCGGGACAGUACCUUAGCAUUUACGAGCAACCCAACAACAAGAAAUAUUUUGCUCCUCGUCACUAUACGAUUACUAGCCAGCCAGAAGAUGAUUUCUACCAGAUUACCAUCAAGAAACUCAUUGACCCAGCUGUUCCGGAUGACCGCACUCACGACGGUAUCCUCAGCCACUACUUGCAUUCCAAGAACGUCAACGAUGUCAUCAAGCUUGGUCCCAUCUUUGGUCCGGAGGUUUUACUGCAGGGGGAAAAAUCCCGCGUUGCUGCUUUCAUCAGUGUGGGCAUUGGCAUCACACCAACAAUGGGAAUACUCCCGACUGCCGUCAAGGAACGUCCUCGUACUGCCGUCUUCCAUGGUGACGUUAACGGCUCAAAUCACGUUUCUCGCGAAGCUUUGGAAGAGUUUGGCAACGAGCAAAGCCUGUUUUCAUACUCUUACUUCAAUCCCGAUGAAGCUGAUACAAAGCUGCAGCACUAUUCGGAAGGUCUCUUAACGGGAAGCAAAAUUGUCGAUAAGUUGAAGGAUGCUGGUGUUAAUUUUGCGACAGGGACAGACUAUUUCAUCUGUGCUGGCCCCACAGUUGCACCAAUUCUGGUCAACGAGUUACGUGAAUUGGGUGUAGACAAGAAGCUUCUACAUUUGGAGUUUUUUGGCCCGUUUGUCUCUCUGAUUGAGGAAUAG